AUGGCGCCGGCAGCGGCUCCCCUCAGCCGCGCCGCAAGACCGUGGCGGGAACGGGGGGAGGAAGAAGGGAGGGCGUCGCCUCGCGCCCGCCCCUUGCGCUCCCUCCCUCCCUCCCUCGCGCGGCGCCGCCAUCUUGCAAGCGGAGAACCGGAGGGGCUGAGCUCUGCCGCUGCCUCUGCCUCUCCCCUUCCCCUCCGGCCGGGCUGCCUUCUCCCGGGGCCGGGGGGCCGGAGCCGGCAGGGAAGGCCUCAGAAAUUCAGAAAGGGGCACGGCCGCCCGCUCGCUCAGCCCCCUUCAGCCGGCGGUGUGAGGGCAGGACAUCCCUCUUCCCCAGCGAUCUCUCCCCACACAGGAUUCCGCCGCCUGAGAAAGGGGCUUCGUCGCCCUCCCCUCAGGGGUCCUGUGGGAGCGGGACCCUCUCCUGGGCGGCCCAUCUCCGGGGUGGCCGGGGGCUCCUCGCUGGCCCUACAGAUGAAGGGGAGCGGCGUGCUCACUCCCACGCUGAGGGCUGCGGCGUGCCCAGGCCUCUCCCCUGAGAGGAAGGAAGGGAUCCUCAGGUACCCUGGGGUGCCUGGGCGGGCUUCCCCGCCCAGGGCGUGUGUAACCCACCUGGAACAGCUGAAGGACUUGUAG